AUGAGCCCCACCCUGGCCGCUCUCACCGUGCGACACAAGACCAUCAACCAGAUCCAACGAGACGGAGGCCGACCUGUGCCUUACCGACGAAAGAAGUCUCCCGAUCUCGAGUCGUGCCCUCAGCGAAAGGGCGUUGUUCUGCGAGUUCUGAUUCUCAAGCCCAAGAAGCCCAACUCUGCCCAGCGAAAGGCCGCCCGAGUCCGUCUCAGCAACGGCAAGGUGGUGACCGCCUACAUUCCCGGAGAGGGUCACAACGCACAGGAGCAUAGUGUGGUCUACGUCCGAGGAGGCCGAGUCCAGGAUACUCCCGGUGUCAAGUACCAUCUGAUCCGAGGAGCCGGCGAUCUCGGAGCUGUGCCCAACCGAGCCAGCUCGCGAUCCAAGUACGGAACCAAGAAGCCCGCUGCUCCGGGCGCCUAA